AUUCACCACCAUGGUCGCAUACGUUAAAUGCUCCACCUUUGGCAUUUGCAUCAAGCGGAGUGGUUCUUGGCGGUCUUAAUAAUAAUUUUAUACUUGUCAUUGGUGGUAAUAUGACUGAUUCUAAUAGCAAUGGCUGGCGCGCCCAAUUAAAUGGGAGAAUUCAAUUUAGUUUUUUAAGUGAUAAUAAUGGAAAGGCUUAUCUACAUGGUGGUUAUAAUGGCACGUUUCUAGGUGAUACAUAUUUAUUUGAUACACUUUCGUUCACCUGGAAUUUGUUACCGGCACCUCAAAUUCCAAUAUUGGCAGAUGACUUUUCUUCCGUAUUGUUAAAUGAUGGACGGUUGAUCAUCAUUGGAGGAUAUGGACUGCCAGAGAAUAAUGCUCUCAUACAUAGACCUAUUAGCCAGAUCGAAAUAUUUAAUACGAUUGAUAAUACUUGGAGUAAAAAAAUUGUACCACAACCUAAAGAAAUGACCGACCACCGUAGAUAUCAUACAUCUACACUUCUUCCAAAUGGAGAUGUUGUAAUAGUCGGGGGACUUGAUGUAACACCCAACGUUGUAAUAUUAGAAACAGCAAAAGAUCCAUUUCGGUGGAGGAUUCCAGACAUUUCUGGAUUAGAAACUCCACUGCUUAAUGAACAUUGUGCAGAACUUGUCGAACAUAGAUAUAUUUUCAUCAUGUUUGGAAAAUGGAUUACCAAAAUAAUAACAAGCUCUACAUACUUGAUACAGAGAAUUAUCUAUGGAUUACAAAUUUUACGCCAAACACAUUAA